UAUAUAUAUAUAUAUAUAUAUAUAUAUAUAUAUAUAUGGUUGUUAAAGCUUUGCCAGGUCAGUGAGUCCCGAAACAAAGAUGCCGGAUGAUGAGCUCAUGUGUCUAAAAUUCCAGUUGUGCCGUCGGCAAGGGGGCAUGUCACAACCCAGUGGUUUUGGUGCCUCGGCACGGUGGAAUUUUCCCGCCACAUGAGAGCCUCUUGCAAAAGUAAAGGCUUUCUCUUGCUGCAGAAAACCCCGGUGCAAGAGAGUUCCCGCCAUUCGGAUGUAAAUUUGUGUCCCGCUAUUGGCCAGUUCUAAAUUAUGCACACGUGGCGGCUAGUAAUUGGCUUGCUGGCUGUUUAAAAAUUAGCGCAACUUCCGCCCAAGUCGGAGAACUUUGAGCACGCUGCAGAGUGCUUCUGAAGAAAUCUGACUCAUGGCUGAGCUAAUCGAUAGCCUGAUCACCUAUCGAUUCGUCUCUCCAUCGCCGAGCUCAAUCCCAGAUGUAUCCCUUUCCCUGCCGGCCCAAUUUGUAGAUGGACGUGCUGGUCUGAGCCCUGCCUGAGCCCUGCCAGCUGGAACAACUAACAUGGUUAUUCAGACAACCGGACCGUUUUUCGUCGCAACAGCAAGCAACGUAAGUAAAGUUUUACAACCAUAAAGCUUUCUCGGCCUCUCUAUUCACCAGCCUGCCCCGACGAACGAGUAAUUAUUUAAUCACCUCGAUUCGGCUUUGGCCGUCCGAGACAGAGAAAUGCCCGCCCGCCCAUCUCUCCAAGGCUUUUGCCAGUCAGUCCCUCCAUAAGCUUGUUGAAGUUGGCCUUCCUGAAGUGUAGCACAACCGCCCUACUAGUUAGCUUCCCCACCUUUCUCCAGACAGUUAAUCCUACCAAUAGGUGGCCACUAUCCCUUAGGUUACGCUGCACCUGCAGAUCCCCAACCAAGUCAUCCCCUGUGGCCUGUACCAAGUCUAGUAAGGCAUUUCCCCUUCCUACCAGGAACAUGUACCUCCUGCGAUAGGUGAAAGUCCUUUAAGGAGGUUAGAAACUUUUGUGAGCAGGCAGACCUGGCUGCCUGUUUCUGUCAGUAGAUGCCUGGAAAGUUUAAGUCACCUAUGAUGACCAGGUCCUUUGAGAGCGCUGCCUCUGAGAGCUGUCUCGAGAAUUCUAGAUCUAACUUAUCCCCCUGGUGUGGGGGUCCACUACCAAGUCCCUUUUACCCCAACCCCCCCGUAACCUGUCCCAUAGUACCUCAAUUUGCCCUUCUCCUUGGCCCAAAUUAACUACAGAAGAUGUAUAUUGCUCCUUAACAUAGAGAGCAAUGCCUCCCCUCCCCUUUUAGCCCUCAAUGUCCACUGCCCAGUCGUGGGUAGAAUCCCACCAAGUUUCUGUUAGACCAACAGAAACUUUUCUUUCUUUCUUUCUCUCUUUCUCUCUCUUUCUUUCUCUGUCUGUCUCUGUGUUUCUCUCUUGCUCUUCCUCUUGCUCUUGCUCUCUCUCUCUUUCCCACUAUUAGUUUGCUGCAGCCAUCAUUUCAAUGUUAAAAGCUAAAAUCAAAAUUAUGCAUAAAUCAUAUAUCCAUCAACCGAGCAAUGAAUUGGAGUGAACUUUCACUUACUUUGAUUUGGACUAAAGUGACAUACAAGACAUACGAUACAUCUUUGCACAGGGAUAAAUUCAUUUGCAUUUAGUUUUAGAAGUAGGAAGCAGAAUAAUGUGGGAAAAAAUGAAUUAUAUCUCUUCAGUUGGUAGCAUUGGGUAGUUCUAAUGGAAACAAAAUGUACUUGCUUCCUUCCAAAAAUAAACAAAAACAAGACAAAAAGAAAAAGAAAACCAAUUCUUGUCUCCUCCAAUGUGCCUGAUUUAUCUGUUUAUGUAACAUUGGGAAUGUCUACAUGUUCAUUAAUGUGCUUUUGGUAAUGUGUAUUAAAUUUAGGUUGGAUAUUAGGAGGAUUUUUUUACUAUGAAGGUGUUCAAGCAAGGGAACAGACUACCUAAAAAAAUAGUGAAAUCUCCACCCCGGGAAAUUUUCAAAAGCAGAACGGUGUAAAUGUUCUUUCUUGACGAUGAACCCAUUUGGGGUCGUGUGCCACCCUUGUAACGCUUCUCAAGCCGUCACUGGGAAUGCUGUAGCAGUAGCUUCAGUUCAUUUGCCACAGUCUGUCUUCUCUCAGUCUUCAGCCUUGCAAUCUGUUGAUAACUCCACUUGCAAGCUACAGUUUAUUGUCUUUCGGAAUGGAAAACUCUUUCCUAGCACAGGAAACUCAUCAAAUCUUGCAGAUGACGGGAAACGUAGGACUGUUGCCACACCAGCUGUGUUUGCUAAAAUAGAUGGGUGCAGUUUCGGAAACCUCACCAGCCCUCUUACUAUAGGCUUGAGGCACUUUGAACGGGGUAUAGACCCUAUUGCAGCGUUUUGGGAUUUUGACCUUCUAGAUGGACAUGGAGGCUGGUGGGGAGAAGGGUGCCACAUAAUUAGCUCUUCAGGCAAUAUUACAACCAUUCAGAGUACACACUUCAGUAACUUUGCAGUGCUAAUGGAGUUGAAGACAGUGCUGUCCUUCCCCCAGUACCCAGGGGAGUUCCUGCACCCUGUGGUAUAUGCAUGUACCGCAGUUAUGCUAUUGUGCCUCUUCGCGUCCAUUAUCACCUACAUUGUGCACCACAGCACAAUCCGAAUCAGUAGAAAAGGAUGGCACAUGCUGCUCAACUUCUGCUUCCAUACGGCUCUUACUUUUGCUGUUUUUGCUGGUGGAAUCAAUCGUGUUAAAUACCCAAUUAUAUGUCAAGCUGUUGGUGUAGUACUGCAUUAUUCUACACUCUCCACUAUGUUAUGGCUUGGAGUAACUGCAAGGAAUAUUUAUAAGCAAGUCACAAAAAAACCACAGCCAUGCCCAAACAGUGACCAACCUUCUUACCCCAAACAGCCAUUGCUCAGAUUUUACCUGAUUAGUGGGGGUGUUCCUUUUAUUAUUUGUGGGAUUACAGCGGCAACGAAUAUCAAUAACUAUGGAAAUGAAGGCAAUGCCCCAUAUUGUUGGAUGGCAUGGGAACCAAGCCUCGGUGCAUUUUAUGGGCCAGUAGCAUUCAUUGUGUUAGUCACCUGUGUGUACUUUCUCUGCACUUAUGUGCAGCUGAAGCGCCAUCCAGAACGCAAGUAUGAAUUAAAGGAAAGGACAGAAGACCAGCAAAGACUGGCAAGUACUGAAGUGGGCCAUAGUCAUAUUACGGACACUGGUUCAGUUGCCCAGGCAUCAUGCUCCAUGAUUUCUUCUUCCUUAUUGGAAAAUGAGCACUCAUUUAAGGCUCAGCUUCGAGCUGCAGCAUUCACUUUGUUCCUGUUUACUGCCACUUGGACCUUUGGAGCACUUGCUGUGUCUCAAAAACAUUUCUUGGAUAUGAUAUUUAGCUGCCUCUAUGGAGCCUUCUGUGUGACCUUGGGGCUUUUCAUUCUCAUUCAUCACUGUGCAAAGAGAGAUGAUGUAUGGCAUUGCUGGUGGUCCUGUUGCCCAUCUAGAAGAAACACAUACUCUGUACAAGUUAACGUCCGCCCAAAGGUUAAUGUCAAUGGGGACACCCAGGUUCAUACAUCUUGUCUUCAGGAGUCACCAUGUCCUAACAAAUCAGCUGUUUUUAAUCAUCCAGCUGCUAGUCACUGCAAACUUACUAAUCUACAAGCUGUUCAAAACCAUGUUAACUGCCUUUCACCAGUUACACCCUGUUGUGCAAAAAUGCACUGUGAUCAACUUCUUGAUGAUGAAGCUCAUAUUCAUGUACACAAUGAAGGAACUUUCAGACCUAACAUGCAUAUUCAUAGAUGUCUGAAAAGCAGAACUAAGCCACGUUACUUCAGUCGACAUAGGUCUGCAGGAGAGAGAGAAUAUGCCUAUCACAUUCCUUCAAGUAUUGAUGGCAGCAUCCACAGUUCACACACAGACAGUCCACACAGUACGCAUGAUAGUCAGUCAGGGCACAGACGGGCCUGCUGUGCAAAAAGUGAUCCAUACCCUACCAUCAACCAACCUGAAAGUAGCGAUGCAAGUACUGUUAUAUACAGUUGUGCUAAAAUGCCAGAAAGUGACACUGUGCACCAUACAGCUCAUUUUGAGAUGCAUCCACGGACACAAUCAUUGCCAUUUAAUACAACUAAUCACAAUGGAAUUCUCAAGGGAAAUGUGCAUGAAGCCAUGAUAUACAGUUCAGACAGUACAGGAAAUAUCAAAACGGGCCCUUGGAAAAAUGAAACUACUGUGUAGUUCAUGGGCCACUCAUUUGUCUUUUUUCACUCUAGUCAUCGUAAGCUUUGUUUUUAUUCUAAAUUGAAUAAGACGAUGUAUUUGUGUAGCACAUCGGCAAAUUGUGUGUGUUUUUCCACCAUGGUUUCUGUUUUCUUAUUGAGAAGAGACUAAAAAAUUGCUGUAGUGGCAGUGUUUUAAAAGUGAAGUUAUUUUUAAAAGAAUGUUGAAAAAUUGUUCUGGGAGAAUAUUAGAAAAUGGAGCUAAGAGAAACUGACUAUGAGAGGCAAUAUCCUUUUGUUACAAAGAACUAUAUUUCUUUAGAAAGGCAUCAUUUGUAUUCAUUCUUUUGGCUUUUAAUUCCAAUAACUUCAAACACUUUUUAUAAACAUAUCAGCAUCUUAAACUUUUACUUAUUUAUUUUUGUAGCAAAGUAUAAUUACUGUGCCAUGGAUUUUAAUCAGAAGUGACAACAAUAGAAAUGAAGAGCAGGAUUUUGUAAAAUUACUAAUGCAGCUUUUUAGAUCUACAAAAGUGAUACUGCCUCUAAAGUUCUUCUGUAGCAUAUGGCCUGUAAAAUCAUGUAAUGUACAGUCUCUGUUAUGUUCUUUUUCUUGUUGGAGGGAAGUGCUAGAUAAUGUCUCUGUUACAUCUAUGGUGCUGUAUUGGUUGUAUUUUGCAUGACAUGUCAGGAUAUACCAUUUGCUGUUUUCUAGUGUUACAUGUGUAAAAAAAAAAAAGUAUUGUAAAAGGCUGUGAAAAACCCUGUUGGUAUUAAUCUAGAGCAUUAUGAAUUUACAAAAAAUCACUACUGCACUAGUUUAAGUGGCACAAUCCUUUGUAUAAGGUUAUAUGAUAGCUUUGAUAAGGGUCCACUCUAAUGUCUUUACAGAGCAUGCACUACUCAUUGUAUGUGACACUGUGCAGUGUAAUAGCAAUUGUCUCAACAAGUUUUACACUUCUUUGUAAAGUAUGCCUUUUGAGCAAAUCCGUAAGCUGUUUCACAGUAACCUUUCAAACAUCUGUUUAGGUAGAGAGGUUUUAUCAUUAACUCUUUGAGGACUACAGUCAUUUUCUUAAAAAUAGAUUAUUCUAGUUCAAAGAGCCUGUAUAUACUGUACUCUGUAUUUAAUCUUAUGAGCAAUGCAGUCCAGAGUUGCCAAGAAAGUGAAAGUACAAUCAUUUUAAAGAAAUACAGCUUCCCAGACUCUGGUUUAAUUUUACAUCUUAUUAUGAAAAAACCUUUUUCCCCCUAGCAAAUUUCAGAUUGUUGUUAUCCUUUAAUGCAAAUUUAACCCUCAGAAGUAGUUCCUUAUGUUCAUUAAUUCUGCUGAACUGUAGGGCAUUCUAGGGUCAGUAACAUUCUCUGUUAACAAGGCAAAAGGGUUUUUUUUAAUAUUUCCAUGAACAUCUGGACACAAAGAAUCAACUCACAGGACGAUCUGAAUCAUAAUUAUCCUAAUGUGAAAUGAAACUGCUCUUAAACAAGGAAGGGUGCAAAUCAGAAUGGCUCACAAAACGUGAAUAGAAGCAUAAAGCUAGAAGAAAAAUGUCUGCAGUGAAAGGAAAGUAGCAGUUCCGUGAAUAAAAAGAAGCACAAUUCUGUAAGGCCAUAUGAGCUUGUUUACUUACUGAUGCAUCUAACACAGGCUUAGGUAGCUGAUACAUUGCUGUGGAGAAUAGAAGAACAAUGACAGCCCCUCAAUGGAGCAUCAAUUUACAGUUUUCUGUGUAUAUUUUGCAGAAAUCCUUACAUGCUUCAUUCUUAUCAUGUGUCUAUUAGCAGCAGUUUUAAGUCCCUAUUCUUUUUUUAUGUGUAGGAAUAUAUUUCCUAAUAGUGUACAUAAAGAUGACAAUUAUAAUUGUUAGAAUGUUAUAAAAAUAUAUAAAUCAAAUGAAUGUGUUCUGCAGUGUUGCAGGUGGGAAUUAGUACUCAAAGGGUUAAUGCUCAGUAUCUGAGUGGAAGAAAUCUUGUUUUUCUGUAUUUUUGUAAAUUUAAAAUAUAUAUUGUAAACUACAGCAGUGUAAUGUAUCCAUUUCACAUUACAUGUGUCUUUAAAAGGUGAACAAGAAGAAUGCACUAGGUGGUUGUGGAGUUUUAAACCAAUAUACAACCUUUUCAUGACUGCUUCUUUAGCUGAUGCAAAAAAAAGCCUAAGCUUUAUUAUGUAUAUGCUGUAUAUGCUUGAAGUAUCUCAAAACUAAAAUACAGUAUUUUUCAUUGUUUGAAUAAUGCAAUACUUUCUGUUUAAUAAUUAUUUUCAUUUUAGUAUUAUUUUAUCCUCAUUCCACAUAGACAGUGAGCCGUAAAUAAGCAUAGACAUAAUGUGGAAUGCCACUUCUCUGUAACUCAGCACUAUAUGUAUUCUGUAAUGGUGGAACUUAGAGGGUCUAUUAUAGACCAUUAUGCAAAAAUAUCCCACACACAUGACCAAAUGAAAAACUCACUUUGCAAAACCACACUUGAAGGAGGUUCUUUAUUCAGCUUGUGUUUCUAUCACCUAUGUUUUGCCUGAGAGGCUUGUGUAUGGUCUUCAUAAUAGCUUAUAAAAAGGUAAAUAGCUGCUUCUUUCCACAGAAUAUCUUACAUGAUAAAACUUUCUGGAAAUUUAACCUUCAGUAUUAAAACACGUUUCUUAUUGUGUUGAAAUAUUAAUUUAGUAAAUAUUUCUGGGCUAAUUUGGAAAAGAUGUGUUAUGCAAUAAUCUGUUUGCAUAUUAUUUUUUCAGAAAAUAUACAAUAUAACUACAGGGUAGGAGAACAUGAUAUUAAAUAAAUUGAAAAAUGUUUUGUAACAUCA